CAAACACUUAUUGUCAUCCGCUUCAUUUGUAGGUACACCACAAAAAGAAGAAAGCAAUGGCUUCCUCUUCCAAAGUACUGGUCCUCUUUAUUGUGAUACUGUUUAUAGGAAGUUCUAAUGCUAAACUCUCAGUAAAUUAUUACUCCAAAUCAUGUAAACAUAUUUUCUCUACUGUGAAAUCUGUUGUUAGCGCAGCGGUAUCCAAAGAACGAAGAAUGGGUGCUUCUCUUCUCCGCUUGCAUUUUCAUGACUGCUUUGUCAAUGGAUGUGAUGGUUCAAUUCUGCUCGAUGACACAUCAAAUUUCACAGGGGAGCAAAACGCGAAUCCUAAUCAGAAUUCUGUGAGGGGGUUCAAUGUUAUUGAUGAUAUAAAGACUGCAGUAGAGAAGGUGUGCCCAGGGGUAGUGUCAUGUGCAGAUAUCCUGACAAUGGCUGCUCGAGAAUCUGUUGUACUCCUUGGUGGACCGAAAUGGAAAGUACCGCUCGGAAGAAGGGACGCAAGAACUGCAAGCAAGUCUGCUGCUAAUAACAACAUUCCCCCUCCAACGUCUAGCCUUUCAAAUCUCAUAGCAAGCUACAAAGCUCAAGGUCUCUCAAAGAAGGACAUGGUUGCGUUAUCCGGUGCUCACACAAUUGGACUAGCAAGAUGCACAAACUUUAGAACUCGUAUUUAUAACGAGACCAACAUCGACAGUUCUUUCGCGGCUCAGAAACAGAGUAAAUGCCCAAGGACUUCAGGAUCAGGAGACAACAAUCUAGCACCAUUAGACGUUCAAACUCCAAAUUCAUUUGACAACAACUAUUAUAAGAAUCUUGUCAGCAAGAAAGGCCUACUUCAUUCUGAUCAACAACUUUUCAACGGCGGAUCGACUGACUCCCAAGUUCAAAGAUACGCCAAAAACCCCAACCUCUUUAAUGCUGAUUUUGUUAGAGCCAUGAUCAAGAUGGGAAACAUUAAGCCUCUCACUGGAUCUAAGGGAGAGAUUCGGAAGAAGUGCGGUAGAGUAAACUAAGAACCAGUGCAAGAAAUAUGGGUGAAUUUUCUUGGAGUGCUGUUUAUUCUAUUUUGUAUUUCAUAGUUUAGUUAUUUCCUUAAAAUUCCUGCGGCAAGUCUUAGUACUCGUAAAAGGUAGUCGGAACUUAAAUAUUUGCCAAAUAUGUUACAGCAAACUUGUAAUAAUUAUGUUCUUAUGCACUGGCAUGUCAUGUCAAUCAUUUUUACGAAGAAAUGCUUUAAAUAAAAUUUUCAGAAUUGGCCGAACUAA